CAAGGAAGUUUGACCAGAUAAAUAAAUAUGCCGGCAGAUGUAUACCUAAUGACUAAGAUAUCGUCGUAGAGUAAGAGGCCAGAAACAUGAAAUGUGAAACGUGGCGAUGCUUCCAGCUGGCCGUCUUGGCCCUCUGUGGCUGGCAGCUCCAUUGGGCUUUGAGUUGGGAAUGCAAAGCUGGCAUUCGCUGCGCGAUGGAGGGUUGACAUUUGACAAGCGUUGGUCAGGGGUGCAGGCGUACUGUAGCUUGAACUUCGGUGCCUGGCUAGGCCCAAUCCGGACCGUGCUCAAGCAUUACUGUGUUAACAGAGCAAUCGAAUUCGCCCGGUGUACGCCUCAACUGCAGACGUGGAAACUUGAAUACGAGGUGGAGACCAGGCAGAUCUUAUGUUUAGAAAGUCACAAGACAACAGAUCUUCAAGCCUCAUCAGGCGAGUCACCGUGAAGUCCGAAUGUCUGCGGUCAGCCUUGGAGACCGCUAGCCUAGAGUCAGCCAAAAGACAACUUCGAGUUAGAAACACACGAUAUCAAUAUCAGGUCUUAUUUUAGCUUUUUGGAGGCCAUUUAACAGUUUGCAAAGGAGCUAAACAGGCAAUAUGUCGUUUUACUACCAGAGAGGCUCUUUCAGCGG